AUGGAAGAGUUGUAUGAUAUCUGUACAAAUCAGAGCGCUAAAUACCCUUAUUUAAUCAUUUUAUCACAGAUAAGAAUAUUUAUAGCUCUGAUUUGCACAGAAACAGGUCUAGGAGCUUUAAGUCAACUUACAACGAGCAUACUUUUACUCCAUAUUCUCUUAUCAAAAUCUCACAAAGUUAACGUAUUUGCUCAACUGCCUGGCACAAUAGUAGUUUCUCUGUGGUUGGCCUUAUAUGCAUUAAAGAUGAAAUUAGUCGAGAUGAAUUGGACGGAGUGGAAUUUUACUCAACCAAAUUUCAACACCACGAAAUUCAAUUUUGGAAUAAGUCCAGAAUUUGUAAAACUUAUUGAAGACAUUUCUACAAGCUUGAGCAUUAUCAUCACAGUCGCCAUCUUGGUUACAAAUCUCCUACUUUUGGUUACUGUGUUGACGUCACCAAAACUUCGAAAUAACGUCAGAUAUAUGCUAGUGGUUAGUUUAUCGUGUGCAGACUUAUUAACUGGCAUGUUAGGGAUGCCAUUUUUUAUUGACUUUGGAAUCCAACAGAAAGUGACUGUCGCCUGUGAAUUCCAUGUGGUUUUACAAGUUCUAGUGAUCCAUGCGCAUGCCAUGAUAACUUCUGUGGGAUUAUUGAUAAUCAACAUCCAUUUUGUAACCAGGCAAUACAACUUCCGGUGUAUUAAUAUCAGACAAUCAUUACAACUUCCGGUCAAAAUAGUUGUAUCAAUGUUGCCGUGGAUACUAACAGUUGUUAUAGUAACGCCUUUGAUUAUUACUGGAUUACAUCAACUUACCGCCUUUAUUUGGUCAGCCAAUCGAUGUCCGUUAUUUUUGUAUAGAUGGGCUCUGAUAACAAUGUUGAUCUUAAACUAUUAUUUGCCCAUGAUUCUGGUAUUCAUUACUAUGGGUUUUAUCAUCAAGGGAUGGAUAGAAACUAAUAGAGGAAGUGUAGCUUUUCGUCCUGCACUUCUCAAUGAAGAGGCAGAUCCACUCCAUCCUAAAACCAUGGUUGUUUUAAAUAUUGUAUGUUUUCUUUUAUUGUUACCAAUUCAUAUCGUUAAUAACCGAAUAAUUAUGAACAAUCUUGAAAUUCUUCUCAUAUUAAUGAUGACGAGUUUUCAAGUGUCAAUGCUCAAGCCAGUGUUCUUCGCCUCGUUUUGGAUAUUUACACCGGAGGUAAAACAACACUUGACUGAAAAGCUGAAAAAUUUCUGGAACCGGAAGUCAUCGUCGCUACCACAAUAUCUGGUGAAUAAAUCGUAUAGAGAUUUUGUUGAAGAGGAAGGAAAUUAG